CAUUCACUGUGUGGAAUCCUUUCUCGAACUUUCCCCGGAGUUGGUGUGGGACCUUCCGUUUUCAUCGAGACCUAAAACGUGUAACCAACUCUGCGGGGCUCCGCAUCACUUAAUCGGUUAUUUGUAUAUUAGGCCAAUGGAGUUCCGCUCCAUUCUACUCUGAAGCCCUUCGGGUAUCCAUGCAACACGUGCUUCCCAUGGCAGUCGUUCCAGGUGCACCAAUUCUGUGAUCUAUCUCUGGAAAGCCUGUGAUCCUUUCUGAGGAUAUUCUCUUGACUCUCAUCUUAAGGAACUACAUCCUUUGUCAUAUUGAGCCAAGAAUUUGUAAGAUGGUGAACAGAAUGCCAGGCUGGCUUGACUUCAUGUCUAUUGCACUGGCUUUCAUUCUUCUCUGGUCGAGGGUUGCAUCAGCAGACUUUUGUGGAUUCGAGAAGAACAAGGCAGAUUGCCAUUUCAGUUAUGAGGGGAUAGAAGUCAAUGUGAAAGGUGUUGUAAACGAGGACCUGGGAAAUUUGGAUUCCCUCACAGUGACAUUCAACUUCAAUAUUGAAUUCAAAGGAGCAUCUCCAUCAAAUUGGUGCCAGUCUUCAGAAGCAGAUCCUUUGUAA